UUUGACGAGAGACUCUUCUUUAAUUCGGUUUCAUAAAUGGAUCUGCGUAAAUACCCGUUGUGCCUGGAGUUCAUCCUUCUUCUAAUAGGGUUGUGUCAGUGUUUCAACAUAGAUGUAAAGCAUCCGCGCAUCUUCACCGGUCCAGCGGACGCUCUGUUUGGCUUCUCUGUUUUACAACAUGAAUACGAUGGAGAGAAAUCGAUGCUGGUCGGCGCUCCCUGGGACGGGCCGCCCAACAACAGGAAAGGAGAUGUGUACAAAUGCAUCGUGGGAGAGGAGAUGAACUCAAACUGCAGCAAAGUAAAUCUCGGUGAGGCUCUCCAGAACGUUUCUAAAAACCUGAGAAAUUCUCACCUGGGAAUGACGCUGACUCCAGAAUCUCCCGAUGGCUUCCUGGCAUGCGCCCCUCUGUGGUCUCAGGAGUGUGGUACCUCUAUGUUCAGCACUGGCAUCUGUGCCUCUGUCAGCGACGACCUAAAACCAAGAGAGACCAUCGCUCCGACAGCGCAAAGGUGCUCCACAUACAUGGACAUAGUGAUCGUGCUGGACGGCUCCAACAGUAUCUACCCCUGGUACGAGGUCCAGAAUUUCCUCAGCAACAUCCUCAGCAAGUUCCACAUCAGCUUGGACCAGAUGCAGGUUGGUAUACUGCAGUAUGGCGAGGUAGCAGUCCACGAGUGGUCUCUGAAGGACUACCAGACCACACAGGAGGUGGUGGAGGCCGCCAAGAACAUCAGCAGACAGGAGGGACGAGAGACGCGCACUGCAUACGCCAUCCACACGGCCUGCACCGAGGCGUUCAGUGCAGAGCGUGGAGCAAGGGAGGGCGCCACCAAGGUGAUGAUCGUAGUGACGGACGGAGAGUCGCAUGACGGCGAGGAGCUACAAGACGCUCUGAGCGAGUGCGUGGACAGAAACAUCACCAGAUACGCCAUCGCUGUUCUCGGUCAUUAUAUCCGUCGGCAGCAGGACCCAGAGACGUUCAUUAAGGAGAUCAAGUCUAUCGCCAGCGACCCCGAAGAGAAAUUCUUUUUCAAUGUGACCGAUGAAGCGGCGCUCAAUGACAUCGUGGAUGCCCUGGGAGAUCGCAUCUUUACCCUGGAAGGCACACUGGGCUACAACGAGAGCUCGUUCCACAUGGAGAUGUCUCAGAUCGGCUUCUCAACACACACACUGGAUGACGGCAUCCUGUUUGGGAUGGUGGGGGCCUACGACUGGGACGGUGGAGUGUUGAAGGAAGGGACCAACGGACGCAUCAUGCCGCCCAGAGAGGCUUUUGAGAGCGAGUUUCCACUGGAGCUUAAAAAUCAUGCUGCUUAUUUAGGUUAUACUGUGUCAUCUGUGAUAGUUGGAGACUGGAAAAGGCUGUAUGUGGCCGGUGCUCCUCGGUUCAAGCACAAAGGCAAAGUCAUCCUGUUUGAACUCAGCAAUGAGGGCGAUGUCAACAUCGUGCAAGCUCUCAAUGGAGAACAGAUUGGCUCUUACUAUGGCAGUGAGGUAUGUGGGCUGGAUAUUGACCAGGAUGGCAUCACUGAUGUCCUUCUGGUUGCAGCUCCAAUGUACCUGGGCUCAGGAAACAAGGAGACUGGUAGAGUUUACAUCUACACACUCAGUGGGGAGGAGGUGUUUGUAUCUAACGGUACUCUGAAGUCUGAGGACAAGUCCCAGGAUGCCAGGUUUGGCUACGCACUGGCGGCCGCUCCAGACCUCAACCACGAUGGCUUCACUGACCUGCUGGUUGGGGCCCCACUGGAGGAUGAGCACAGGGGGGCCCUUUAUGUCUACCACGGAGAUGGUAUUUACGUCAUACAAAAUUACAAGCAGCGUAUUUCAGGGUCAUCGAUUUCCCCCUCGCUGAAGUAUUUUGGCCGCAGUGUGAGUGCACGGUUGGAUUUGGAUGGAGAUGAGCUCAUAGACUUGGCAGUUGGAGCUCAGGGCAACGCUGUACUGCUCAGCUCUCGAAGCAUCGUCCAGAUCAAUGUGAGUCUGUCCUUCCAGCCUCACUCCAUCAACGUCAUUCAGAAGACCUGCCAGAGGGGAGGCAGAGAGUCAGCCUGUCUCAUUGCCACCGCCUGCUUCACAACCGUCUCCCGCUCCCCUGGACCACACAGCAACAGCUUCGAUCUGUGGGUGUCGGCCAUGUUGGAUGACAGGAAGUUGUCUGUGAGGGCGCUGUUUGACGAGAGCUCCCACCGGCAGACCCAGCUGGCGGUCCGAGUUCACAUAGGACAAACUCUCUGCUACAAACUGCCCUUCCAUGUCUAUGACACAGCCGAUUACAUCCGUCCAAUUAGCUUCUCGCUGCAGUUUAAGAUCAAUAAUACAGAGAGCGGUCCAGUGUUGGAUGAAGGCUGGCCAACAACUGUCAAGAAAUCUAUCCAGUUCUUUAAAGAUUGUGGUGAGGAUGAUGUGUGUACAACAGACCUGGUGCUACAGGCUCAUAUGGACAUCUCUGGGACAAGACAGAAGCCUUAUGUGAUCCGCAGCCCUCGUAGGCGUAUGGCGGUGGAGGUGCAGCUUCAGAACAGACUGGAAAACGCCUACAACACCAGCCUGACGCUGCACUAUUCACGCAACCUGCACUUCUCCAGCCUCAGCAUCAGGGAGGAUGCCCACUUCAAGAUUGAGUGUACAGCACUUGGCGCCAACAGCCACUCGUGUAAUGUCAGCUAUCCAGUAUUUCGCUCCCAGUCAAAAGUUAACUUCAUGUUGGAGUUGGAGUUCAGCUGCACAUCUCUGCACAGUCGAGUGCACAUGAAGCUUCACGCUGCCAGUGACAGUGUCGAGAGAGAGGAUACUUUGGGGGACAACAGUGUUCAGCUGCAGAGUUUUGUUCAGUAUGAACCAGAUUUGUUUGUUAGCAGUGACUCUAAUUUGAACCGAUAUGAGGUCCAUCCAACCCGGACUGUGUCGGAGGCAAUUGGACCAGAAUUCUACACUCACCUAAGGCUGCAGAACCUCGGCUGUUACUCAGUGAGUAAUCUGGAGCUGAGGCUGCAUCUGCCCACUGUGGCUGCAGGAGACAGAGUCUUCAUGACCGUCACCGAUGUCUCACACAAUGCCACAGGGGUGAACUGCAGUGUGCUGAGUGAUCUGGCCCAGCUGAAGGACAGACAGAGAGAUGUACGCUCCCUUCACCCUGAAGACAUGAUGCAGAAUGACAUACUGAACUGCAGCAGAUCAUGGUGCACGGAGAUUGUGUGUGAAGUGCAGCAGCUUCUCAGAGGGCAGACCGCCGCCAUUCGCGUCAGUCGCAGAGUUCACGAUGACUUUUUCAGAAAAGCCAAAUAUAAGUCACUGAGGAUAAUAGCUGCCUAUCGCCUCUCAGCUCAGGAAACUAACCUCAUCACUCUGGGCACAGGAGCAGUCUGGAGGGAGACUGUACUGGAGGUGCUAAAGGGCCGAGCUAUUCCCAUAUCGCUGUGGAUUCUGAUCGGUAGCAUAAUUGGUGGUUUGCUGCUACUGGCCCUCAUAAUUUUCAUACUCUGGAAGAUGGGAUUCUUCGCACGCAAACAAAGAGGAGAGGAUGAGAACCACGAGGACUGAGUCCAACUUUUGCUGCCAUGACAACAGUCAUUUGCCUUGACGACUACCACAUGAGCCGAGUCCACCUCUCACCAGGCACAGAGACACUUUGGACUCGAUACACAAAUGCAACAGGGACCUCCAAGACCGAGAGAGAGAGAGGGUCCAACGGAAAUGCACUACCCACUAUUUCCAGGGUCGGGAGCACUUAUGUAAAUAAUCUUUUUCUAAUUUUAUGGAAAGACCAAAGUGUAUUAAACCACAAUUCUUCUAUUUAAUAUGCAGACAUCUUCAUGGUUUUACAUUUCAAACAAUCACUUUGUCCCAUGUUUGUCUUACAGUUUUGUGUUUGUUCUUAAGU